AUGUCCAAACCACAGGAGACCAUGUUGAGUUUCGUGGAUGACAUCAUGUCAGGGGCCAAAUCUCCGUGUGUGAUGCUCGGGGACAUCCCGGAUCCCCUCUCCUCUAUCUCCUUGAUCAUACGCUGUCUGGAGCCAGACGCUACAUAUAUGUUUCGGCUGUGGGCGGUGGACAACACGGGUCGGCGUUCCAGUCCGAGUGAGGUGACAAUCAAAACUCCCUGUCCCGCCGUGGAUGAUGUCAAGGCUCAAGAAAUAGCAGACAAGAUUUAUAAUCUGUUCAACGGCUACACCAGCGGGAAGGAACAGCAGACGGCCUACAACACGCUCAUGGACCUCGGCUCACCAACCCUCCACCGAGUUCUUUACCACUACAACCAGCGCUACGAGAGCUUUGGAGAGUUUACUUGGCGCUGUGAAGAUGAACUGGGGCCCAGGAAAGCAGGAUUGAUCCUGUCUCAGCUGGAUGUACUCAGCGGUUGGUGCCGGGGUCUCCUCCAGGAACCAAAAAUUGGCUUGCGCAGAGCAUCCCUCAAGUAUCUAUCUUGUCGUUAUACAGAUACCAAAGCAUUUGGGCUCAGCUGGGUGAAUCUCGGCCAAGAUUUACGUAAGGCCUGUGAAGAUCAGAUGCUCUCCGUUAUGUACAAUGAUUAUGGAGAACCCAAGGAACUUUAAACCAACUUGGACAACAAGAGGACCAGUCAGGGGCCGUACCUCAACACGGCCUCCACUUUAGGGCUUCUCUCUAGAGAAUCGGCUCAUCAGUUUUAACAUUAAUUGGUCAUUUAAUGAUGAAGAGGAAAAUAUUUUGUGAGAACAUGAGCAUCCCAUCCUGAGUUUUUAAGAAGCAUUCAAGUGGGGUGUCUCUGGGCUUGCACAUUAAAAAAUGUACAGUGUACAGUCAAAGGAAAGUUGCAUUAAAGUGUCAUUUAGACCUAGUGGUGUAUUUUGUCAAAUAGUGCAUACACCAGCUUGUAUAGGUAGGACUUUUUCACAAGAACUAAAACUGUAUCUUCUUAAUGUGCUGAAAAUGUUUGUCUCUGUAGUGCAUAUAGAUAUGGAAAGAGCUAUAACAAAUGUAAAUGUCAAUUAACUAUUAAACACAUACUAAUGUGCUGAAUGUAGUAUUCAAAAAUAAGGUAUAAGAUGGGACAAGAAACUGUACAGGAGUUUUUUAAAGUAUAAGCAGUAUUAUGAAAAUAACCAUUUUAAAGUUGUGUACAAUAACAUGUCUUGUUUUAUUUCCUAUUCCAAAU